UGAAAACCCUUAGAAAUAAUUGUUUUACUUGUUUUAUCAGUCUUACUAACAUUUAAGUGUUUUGAUAAAGAAUGUCAUAUGAUGCCGUGAUUGAGGUGUAGAGUAAUAUGCUUAAAAGACAGUGUGUGCAUUAGUGUUUGUGUUUCGCAUAAGAUAAGGCCGCCAAACAACCAAUCAAAAUGGGGGCCAUGUUUAGAAGUGAGGAGAUGGUCUUGACGCAGCUUUUCGUCCAGCCAGAAGCUGCGUAUCACGUCGUAUCUGAAUUGGGUGAAGUUGGAUGCGUACAAUUCAGAGACUUGAAUGAAGAUGUGAACUUAUUCCAACGUGAGUACGCCAGGGAUAUCAGAAGAUGUGAAGAAAUGGAACGUCAAAUACGUUACAUAGAUGAGCACAUCCAGAAGAGUGAUGUUAGAGUGCCGAACAUUUCUAAUAUACCCAAAGCACCAUUGCCAAAACAAAUUACAGAUUUAGAGGUGCAUUUACAUAAAAUAGAACAAGACUUGCGUGAACUUACCAAAGGAGAAAUAACCCUUAGGGAACAACUAACAGAGUGCAUUCAGACCAAAAACGUGUUAAACAAGGCUCAGAAGAUAUUCCAGAACAAAGAAGAGAUUUUAAAUGAAUUUUCGAUUGAAGAAAGAAAGGUUGCCUCUCAAUUAGGUUACAUUUCUGGAGUUAUUCCAAAAGAAAAACUGUUUUCUUUUGAAAGAAUGUUGUUCAGAGUAGGAAGAGGAAAUAUAUUUUUGGGUUACGAUGAUAUAGAGGAGCUAAUUAAAGAUCCUGUUACUGGUGUCGAACAGAAAAAAUGUGUCUUUAUUGCGUUCUACCAAGGGGACAAGCUUGAAGAGAAAAUUCAGAAAAUAGUGCAUGCUUUUCACGCCAAAAGGGUAAACUACCCCAGUUCACCAAAAGAACGAAGCGAAUUCAAUCAAUCAGUGUCAGUCGAGUUGGAAGAUAUCAAAAAAGUUCUUGCUCAGAGUGAAGAUCAUAUCCGACGUAUAUUAGCUAGUGUAGCUAAAGAUUUACCUAACUGGACAGUGAUGGUGACAAAAAUGAAAGCUAUUUAUCACACGUUGAACUAUUUUUCUGUUGAUGUGAGCCGAAAAUGUUUAAUAGCUGAAGCAUGGAUACCAACUGGAGAUAUGGAAAACGUGCGAAAAGCUCUAGAAAACGGAACGAAAAUCUGCCAAAGUCCUGUCCAGUCUUUCCUGAACAUCUUACAAACUAAUGAAGUGCCUCCAACCUUCAACAGAACAAAUAAGUUUACCAGAGGAUUCCAAAAUCUAAUAUCAGCUUACGGUUUUGCCAACUACAGGGAACUAAAUCCAGCUUUGUAUACAAUUGUGACGUUUCCAUUCUUAUUCGCUGUGAUGUUCGGUGAUUUGGGACAUGCGAUAAUCAUGACUCUAUUUGGUGCGUGGCUGGUGAUAGCUGAGAAGAAGAUAGCUGCUCAAAAGAAGGGAGAAAUAUUUUCCAUUUUCUUUGGUGGCAGAUACAUCAUUCUUCUCAUGGGAAUCUUCUCAAUGUACACCGGCAUAAUCUACAACGAUAUUUUCUCAAAAUCGAUGAACGUGUUUGGCUCAAAAUGGCAGAUAGCUGAAUCCGGCCUCCCAGCGAACUUUACACAGUAUACCGAUACAGAUGACACAACUUAUGUAGAUUUAGUUCCAAGAUUGAACUACAAACGCGACCCAUACUUCCUAGGGAUGGACCCAGCUUGGCAAACUGCAACCAACAAAAUUAUAUUCCUCAACUCGUUGAAAAUGAAGCUGUCCAUUGUAUUUGGCGUCAUCCACAUGUUGUUUGGUAUCAUCCUCAAUACGGUCAAUCACAUUCAUUUCAAGAAAACACACGCUUUGUUCCUUGAAUUCCUACCUAAACUGCUAUUCUUCCUGUUUCUUUUCGUCUACCUGGCAGUUAUGAUCUUUAUGAAGUGGAUCAUGUAUUCGGGUGUCUACGAUAGUGAUCAACCCAUAGCUCCAGAUCCAGAGCCUGAAGGUGUCAAUACUCGUCUAGGAUCGAACUGCGCGCCCUCUGUAUUAAUUUACUUUAUCGGAAUGAUGUUAUACAAGACAACGAACGCUACAGCACCAUGCGAAGCCUACAUGUAUCCUGGUCAGGAAACCACACAAAAAGGACUUUUGUUUGCAGCUUUACUGUGUAUUCCAGUGCUCUUACUGGGAACACCCAUUUACAAUAUCUUCAAGAAAAAAAGCAAGAAGCCUGAACGGCUGAGUCAAGCACAUCCCCAUAAUAAUCACAAUAACCAUGCUGAACCAAGCCGUGCCAGUCGUGCCAGCCAAGGUAACAUUCACGCGGAAACUUUACAACCAAUUCCAGAAAAUUCAGAGCUGGUAACUCAUGAAGAACCUUUCAGUGAGAUCAUGGUACAUCAGGCCAUCGAAACAAUAGAAUUCACGUUGAGUACCGUGUCCCACACUGCUUCAUAUCUCCGUUUGUGGGCUCUAUCACUUGCUCAUUCACAACUGUCAGACGUACUAUGGUCUAUGGUCUUCCAAAAAGGUCUAAAAAGAGAUAUGGGCUAUGCAGGUUCUGCCUUAAUAUUCGCCUUCUUCAUACCAUGGGCAGGUUGUACCGUUGGUAUUCUGGUACUCAUGGAGGGAUUGUCUGCCUUCCUCCACACACUACGUCUGCACUGGGUGGAAUUUAUGAACAAGUUUUACAAAGGAGAAGGGUACAACUUCACCCCGUUCAGUUUCAAACUCAUUUUGGACGAGGAUGAACAAGAUUAGAUGUUGUACUUAAAUUUAUAAGAUAUUAAUAAAUUAUUAUUUGUCUUUAAUUAAAUACAGUAUACCAAAACUUAUA